AUGUCUUCCGUCAGUACCGCCGAAAGUGAUCUUGACGAACAACGUCAAGCAGCAUUCCUCCAGUUGAGGCCUUUAUGUUUAUCUCUCAUGAACUCCACCACAACCUCUCGCGAAAAAAUUCAAGAGGUCAUUCGAAACAUCAACAGUUUGCAUUCAACCCUUGAAGCCAUACCCGAAGCUUCCAAGGUCCUUGAUUUCAAUUUGAUCAAGUACAUCUUUUUCCCGUUGUCGAAACUUUACAAUAACUCUGCCCUAAGAGAGAGCGAUAGGUUUCUUGAAGGAUUUUUGAAUUGUAUUCAAUUUUUGCUAUCUACCAGCUGGCACAAUUACAUGAUGCCUGAUCAGUUCAAGCAACUGCUAAUUUUGUUCGUUAGUAUUAUUGGAGGGUCGCUUUCAUCCGGAUCGAAAGAAAGCGUCAAAGAAGAAAAAUUAAUAGAGAACAAUUUUAUUUCGGAGGAAACAAAGCUUGCAGGAGUUAAAUGCAUCUUGGAUUUACUGCCUCAGCAAUCGGAUCACGAUUUUGAUAACUUUCAACCCAUACGUCGUGAAUUACUUUUAACAGAACUCCGCGACAUGAAGUUAAGAGCAGUUGUUGGUCGUUGUGUGUAUGUGCUGCUAGAAAUCAUUGCAAACGAGCGUUUCCUUCAACUGAGAUUAACAGCCGUAGAAGCAUUGCAACAACUGAUCAAAUGCAUUGAAGAUCCAGGAAUUGUGGCGGCAUUCUUACCCGGGGUGUUGAGCACAUUGAGUAAGACCAUGGUCAGGGAUCAAAAGGAAAACCACAUGCUGUUAGUAAAGACAGUGGAGGCUCUAACUAUUAUUAUUCGAAUUGUCAUGAAUGACAAAGUAAACGAGGGUUUAUUUUAUAGGGCGGACUCUUUGAGAGAUUUAAAGGACGUUUGGGCGAGCUCGGAUAGUUUUCGUGACAAUAGCGAUCCAACAUCGUUUAGGACGAGUGACACUUUGCAGACAUCCUCGUCCACACCUCCUCCAGCGACAUCAGCAACAAUUUACGUAGAGAGAACGAAAUCAUGGCUCAGAGCAACCAAAAUGCAGAUUAAAAUUUUAAUUGGGCAUAUAUUCACUAUUCGAAAUCAUUCUUCGUGGCAGCUUCGUCUGGCUUUCGUGAAAUUCUCACACAAUCUUCUGUUUUAUUGCCUUAAUUCUCUGGACAAUUGUGCAUCGUUAUUAAUUGAAACGUUGGUAUUCUACCUGAAUGAUGACUACGAGCAGGUUUCAAUACCGUGCAAGGGAUAUUUGAAAGAGUUACGCAUGCAUCCAAACUUCAAUGAGAUCUUAACUCCAAACCUAAAGGAAGGGUUAAAUUCUUGGCUCACAUCUUUACCAAGGUACUUGGUCGGCCUCGACGAAAAUGCGAAAUAUAAUGCAUUGACAUUAGUCGCGGGAUUUGUUUUUCUAUUGGGAUCGGAAAUACAGACAGUCAUAAAUAUUUUGUUGCGGAGAGUUUCCGAUGGGCUACUAAAUGCCCUGGAAUUCGAUACUGAGGAUGUUCGUAUAAUAGAAGAUCGACUUCUCAUUGGACAAUACGAAGACCUCGCGGAGGAGCCCUUUGUUCCAGAAAGUGUUCAUGCGCUGGACCACUCGUUACCCCCUUUUCCUCAUCGCAAGUAUAAGUAUAUACGUGAGCGACGCGUAAUAUCCACAAUAUCGACGGUCAUUCGUUUGAUUGGAUACUUUGGAAAAGUUGAGUUCUUGAUAGAACACUUCCUUGCAUAUGUGAGAGAUGCGGAUUCCAAAAGAUUUCAUGCACAAUGCAUAUUCAUUGUAAAUGAAUUGUUGCUCGGAGCAUCUGGAAUUGAAAUUAAUUUUGAAAAUUUGGAAACAGCAAAUCCGACCAACGCAGUGGACGAUGCUAAGAGAAUUGCAAAAUCCUUAUUAAGAGAAUACUUGGAAAUGAGUGCGACGACGCUAGAAUUAGUAGAAGAUUCAAAGUCCCUGGUCAAAUCCCACAGAGACAAAAGGACCGCAACCGAUUUGACCAUCGGACUCACCGAUAAAUCGUCGAUAAAUAAGAGCCUUGAAUCACAGAAUCGUUUUAUUUUGAUAAACUGUUUUAUACUUGAAGGAAUUGCAUGCAUAGCUCGCGUGAUGGCCAAGGAGUUUAAGGUAGAAUUAAUAGACGCACUCUAUCCCAUUCUUGAAAAAGUCGGUGAAACCAAUAGUCGAGUACAUCGCACCGCUGAUGUCGCGCUUCAUCAUGUCGCGAUAUGGUGUGGUUAUUCGUCAAAAAAAAAUUUGGUUUUUGAAAAUGCCGACUAUCUUGUCAACGCCGUCUCAAGAAAGUUGAAUCACAUCGCCCUGGAUUCACGAACGCCACAGGUGCUCACGGCAAUGAUACGAAUCGUCGGGCACCCUCUGCUUUCGUACUUGGAUGAUUCGAUAGAGGAAAUAUUCGAAGCGCUAGAUGCGCAUCACAUGAAAUUCCAUUUGUUAUGUCAAUUGACAACUGUCCUAUUUGCUGCGGUUAGUGUUAUUGCCAAUUCCCAUAAAAAUGAAUUCGUUGAAGUGAGUAAUUCCAAGGUCACUGUUUUAGAGGAUGAUUGUUUGUCUUCACACAGUCACGCCAAUGCUGGAAUAUCUAAAGAAAUUGAAGAAUUCAUUGCGAGUCACUCUUCACAGGACGCCCACGCCAAUUUGCCGAAAGAGGAAUACGCGACAUUAGAGGAAAUAGGACAGUACUUUUUAAACAUUCAUAAAUCAAAAGAGGAAGCAGGGGACGGCGAGAUUGAUGAUGUUCCUAAGCAUGAAAAUGAUUCCGAAAGGAUUCCUACUGACGACGAAACAUCCGACAGUAAACCCAAACCGACAAGGUCACAAUCAACUUGCCUUAAAAUUAUUGACAAAGUGCUCCAUUCACUUACAUCAGCAUCACCGCAAUUGCGUUUUUUGGUUUUAGAUAUCAUACGCAUCGCCCUGCCUGUCUUACAAUCGAUUCCUAAUGAACUUUAUCCCUUGGUCCAUAGGAUUUGGCCUUCUGUGGUUAACAGGUUGAGAGACGACGAACAGUAUGUCGUUUUAGGUGCUGCUCGACUUAUUCAGGGUGUUUCCAUCUCGUGUGGAGAUUUUUUCACCAGUCGAGUAGUUCAGGACGUUUGGCCAUCUUUUCAAGAUCUGCUCUCGCAACAAGCAACCAGUGAUAAAGAAUAUUUAGAUCUAUCGAAUUAUGCAUUCUCGCGAUCGCACAGAAUUAAAAAAGUAAUCUUGGAGACGAUGAAGGUGGUGGCGCGUCGCGUUUUGUUAUCCAAUCAAGUGAUUUCACAGAUCAUUGACAGAAUGUGGCCGUUUUUGAGUGAAGAUAUUCACGAAGAUCUUCAAGAAGCGGCACUGGAAUUAUUCCGAGAGUUAGCGAAUAGAGAUGCAAAUACUACAUGGCUUGUUCUCAGAG